AUGGCUGAUGCGGCGGAGAAAGCUGAGCACGAGCGUAUAUUCAAGAAAUUUGAUACUGACGGCGAUGGUAAAAUAUCAGCAGCUGAACUUGAAGAAGCUCUUAAGAAACUUGGCUCAGUGACCCAUGAAGACGUGACUCGUAUGAUGGCUAAAAUCGAUACUGAUGGUGAUGGAAACAUAUCCUUUCAAGAAUUCACCGCUUUUGCAAGUGCUAAUCCUGGACUCAUGAAGGAUGUUGCCAAAGUUUUCUAA